UGUGGAGGAUAUUUUUGCUGUUGGUGAUGUACAAGAUAUUAAAAAUCGUCAUGUAGGUGACUUGGGUAAUGUUCUAGUUGGUCCUGAUGGCACUGUUAAAGACUCAUUUUCAGAUGAACUAAUUAAAUUAAUUGGCGAACGCUCAGUAAUCGGACGUACUGUAGUUGUUCACGCUGAUCCAGAUGAUCUUGGUAAAGGUGGUGUUGAGCUUUCACUUACAACUGGUAAUGCAGGUGCUCGUCUUGCUUGUGGUGUUAUUG